UAAUAAAUUCUCUUUAUUGUUGUUUUGUCUAUUUUUCUGAUUUUCGUGUUUUUUUUCCUGUUAAUGUUACCAUUUAAUCCAAAAGAAAUUAACUUUUUUCUUCUUCUUCUCUUUCACUUGAUUGAUUAUCUAAACUUGUUUUCUUUUCAAUGUCAUUACUCUUUCAUCAUCUUUUAACCAUUAAGAGGAAACGGAUGGAUGCUUUCACUUUUUUCUCUCUUCUUCUUCUUCUCUUUUUACCUUGACAAUUAUAAUCAUAUUCGUUGAUUACCUUUAAAUUUAAACUUAUUUACCUUCUAAGGCGUUAAAUGGGCUACAGAUGAUGUAAAUUAUUCUAAUAUUAUUAUCGAUUGAUUUGAGUUUCUCUUUUUCUUUCUCUUCACAUUCGAAUGUAUAAUUCAUCUAAUUUAAUGUUCCUGUCAAUCUGUAUAAAUGUUUAUUCAUUCAUUUCACUCUAAUCAUUUUAAUCUGAAUGGAAAAAAAAAUUGGGAGUAUUGCAACCGUGUAGAGAAAGAGAUGAUGAUGAUGAGAAGGGAGAGAGGAGAAAGAGAUGGAUGAGAAGGUGAGGAAGAGGAAAAAAGGUAGGGGAAGAUGAGAAGAGGGAAUAGUGAAUAGUGAAAGGUAGAAAAUGAUGAUAAUGAUGAAGAAAAAUAAAAGAAAAUGGAUCGAUAGCGUGUUCUAGGCCUUCGACAGGUGGAGUGGCUUCCAUGUCCUUGAGGUCAUCAUCAUCAUCUCUCUCUCUCUCUCUCUCACUCACUCCCAGUUUUACCUCCAAGUUAUUUUAUCUUUGAUCUCACUAAUGUACCAAAGGGAGACUGGGAGUGAAAGUUAUCAUACUUUUCACAAAAUCCAGAGAGAAAAAGAGAAACAUAAAGAGAAGAUCAAACUCCCAGUUCACUUUUCAUCAACUCUCUCUCUCUUCUUUCUCCCUCUUCUUCUAGUCUAUUUCACCAACAUUGACCUGUCCAUUUCAAUCAACACUCUUUUACCUCUUAUUCUGGUUUUCUCAAUCUUCUUCAUCUUCUUUUCUUCUGCUCCCUCUCUUCCUCUUUCUCUCUCCACUAUUACCACCAAAAUCUUAUUCACGAAACUUGCAUGUAACUGAAUCUUAUUUUCUUUCACUAUAUCGAUUUCUUUUCAUCUUCAUCAUCAUCAUCUUCUUCUUUUUCUUUCUUUUUACCUUUUUAUUCAAUAAUGAGUUACCUGUUCUCACUUUCACUUGAAUUUCUGUUCAAUUGUUUACUCAUUUGCUCAAAUUGCUUAACUGUUCUCGGACUAAUUGUUUAUCCGAUUUCAUAUCAUCAUUAAAACUCAACAAUCUAUUUCCAAUCACCUUAGGAAUCAAUUGAUCAACACCAAAAGCAACAUGGACCAGUCACUUACCUUUUGUUGAUCUAAAUCAUUUACUUACCUGGAUUAUUGGGUUUCUUUGUUUACCUGUGCAUGGAUCAAUUUAAUAUCAUCUUGAUUAUAUUUCUAUUUCCUCUUAACCAUCACAACCCCUUAAUUAGUGGCCAUCAAAUUGAACUUAUAUCAGCGAUCUCGAUCUAUCCUUGUUUAGAUACUUAUGAUAUACUCGUUAAUUUGGGUUCUCUUUCAAUAUCAACACCAUCGACAAUUAACUCUACCUCAUCAUCAUCAUCAUCAAUCGAAGCCAAUGAGAUGAUUGAAUUAAUCCGUAUCUAUACAACAGAUGAUCCUCGUCUUCACCUGAGGCAAUAUUAUUACCUUAAAGAAUUGAAAGUUCCUCGAAAUCGAUUGGUAAAAAUUAACUGUAACUUUUUCAAUCCAGAGUCUAAAAAGUAUUAUUGCUUUUCGUAUGUUUCAAUGUACAAAAUCAACUCAUCCAUUUCAACAUGGACACAACCUGAAUGUAAACUGACCCUUAAUGGUCAAAAUAUUGAUCCAAACAAAUCGCCCGCUGAUUUAUCAACUAAUCAUCAGAGUAACUUAAUGACCAAUGCAAACAUAUCAACUCUUAAUUAUGAUAAUAAUAAUACUAAUCCAUCCAAAGAUUAUCAAUUUGCAAUUGUAUCUCCUCAUGGACCAUCAUUUACAUUUACAUCAACCACUCAUGAAACAUCAACUGACCACAAGAAAAGUGACCUUAAAAAAUUGUCCUCAUCAUCGCCUUUAGCUUUAAAGUUAAUUAAAUGUCGAUGUAAUCGUUUAAUCACCUAUCAGCACAAUCAACCAAAUGGGAACAAUUCAAAUCAAUUCAAUGAUCAAUUUCUAUUGGAACUGUUUCCAUGUUCACAAUUAACUGAUCCAUUGUGUGUCUCAAUCAAUUCAUCAUUAGGUAGAUCAUCAACUCCAUUGGAUUUGGAACCGUUAUGUUUACUUAAUUUAACUCAAUCAGCAAUUAAGAUACAAUUACAAAUUGUCAAGUCUCUAUCCUGUGAUACAAUUAACACUGAUCACCAACAAUCAUCACCUUCAAUUAACAAUCAGGGAUCACAAUUAACACCAAUAAUUAGGGAUGGACUUUUCUCAAUUGAUCCACAAUUAGAGGUUAAUAGUGAAUCAAUUGUAACUCAUCAAUUAACCUCAUCAACCCUUCGUAUUGAAUUAACCAACAAUCAAUAUUAUUUAAUUCAUAUAAAUCUAAUUAAUCAACAUACAUCAUCUUCACUAAUCAAUGGUAAUACUCAAACAAUUAAGCAUUUGUUUACCUCAUUAAUUGUCUUCUUCAGUUCAUUUGAAUUGAUUUGGUUAUCGUUAAUUUCACUAACCAGUUUCAUAAUUAUCUCGAUAAUUAUAUUUCUCUGUGUCUAUUUAAUUGUACCAAUUAGAAGGCGACAAUUAAAGGUACAAAUGGUUCUACUCGAUGAUUUAGCAAACACUUCGACAUCUUUUGUCGAUGCAUCGUCAUUAGAACAGUUCGACUUCGAUGAAUCGGGCUCACUCGAAAUGGACUAUUAUGACCUGGGAAUGAGAUCAACUCGAAACAAUUCAAUGGACAAAUUGUCAGAUAAAUUUUCAGAGAAAUCAAUUAAUUCUGUAAUCAAAUAACUGCACUAAUUUAAUCAACAAUUUAAUUAACUUUUUAUUACCAACGUUAGGAUUUAAUUUCCUUCCUUUCAAAUGUAAUAACAUUAAAAUCAAUCAAUCAAUUAGCCUUGAUUGUAACUGAUCAAUAGUCAGUAUCGGUUUAAUCUUUCAAUUAAUACAAUUAAUCAGUGUCAACAAUUAAUUAUUUUCAUCACAAUCAGUGUAUUUGUAUAAGUGUUGGUUUAAAUUUUGAUCCUAAUCAUUGAAUGUAAAUAUAAUGUAAUUGUAAUUAACUUAAUAUAUAACAAUUAUUUUGUGAUUAAAUCUGUGAUUAAAUGUAAUGAUAACUAAAUUAUUUGACUAAUUGUAAAUUUAGUAAAAUUGUAGAC